CUCUCACAAGAAUUUUCAUUUCGCUCUCUCUCUCUCAGCCCUCUCUCUCCCUCUCUCUCUCUCAGCUUCACAGUUCAAACGCGAUGACCGUCGUAGCAACGGCUGCAGCUCUCUCGUUGCCGAUCUAUAUUUCUAAAUCUCCGAAGCUCAAUUUUAGGAAGAGUGUGAAAGGAGGAUUUAGAGUGUUUGCUGUGUUUGGAGAUGAAGGAGCUAUAGAGAGGAAGAGUGGUUGGGAAACGCUAUUUGACGUGGAAGAUCCAAGGACAAAGGUUCCUCAAUGUAAAGGGAAGUUCUUAGAUGUUAAUCAAGCUCUGGAAGUGGCUAGAUAUGACAUUCAAUACUGUGAUUGGCGAGCUCGGCAAGAUGUUCUUACAAUCAUGCUUCUCCAUGAAAAGGUUGUGGAAGUUCUAAAUCCUCUAGCUCGUGACUAUAAAUCUAUUGGAACAAUGAAGAAGGAGCUUGCUGGAUUACAGGACGAGUUGGCAGAAGCGCACAGACAGGUUCAUAUAUCUGAAGCACGGGUUGCCACUGCGUUAGAUAAACUAGCUUACAUGGAAGAAUUGGUGCAUGAUAGGCUGUUACAAGACAGAAACACAGCGGAAUUGGAUACCCCAUCUACCUCGCCUGGUACUUCGACACAAUCUCAUGAUUCUGUGAAUAGAAGAUCGCCAAAGAAAAGCUUGAACGUAUCAGGACCGACCCAACCGUAUCAUCCCCGCUUGAAGAACUUCUGGUAUCCUGUUGCUUUCUCCAGUGAUCUGAAAGAUGACACAAUGGUCCCAUUUGAUUGUUUUGAAGAACCAUGGGUUCUUUUCCGUGGAAAGGAUGGCAAUCCUGGAUGCAUACGAAACACUUGUGCACAUAGGGCAUGCCCUCUUCACCUCGGUUCUGUCAACGACGGACGAGUCCAGUGUCCUUACCAUGGUUGGGAAUACUCAACAGACGGAAAAUGUGAGAAAAUGCCAUCAACGCGACUACAAAAUGUGAAAAUAAAGUCUUUGCCAUGUUUCGAAAAAGAAGGAAUGAUCUGGGUUUGGCCUGGUAAUGAUCCUCCAGCAGCCAAUCUUCCUUCUCUACAACCUCCUCCUGGUUUUCAAAUCCAUGCUGAGCUCGUCAUUGAAAUCCCAGUGGAGCAUGGAUUACUGCUAGAUAACCUUCUGGAUCUUGCUCAUGCACCUUUUACUCAUACUUCCACUUUUGCAAAAGGAUGGAGCGUACCCAGCUUGGUGAAAUUUUUAACCCCUGCAUCUGGGCUCCAAGGAUACUGGGACCCUUACCCGAUCGACAUGGAGUUUCGACCACCUUGUAUGGUGCUAUCUACUAUAGGGAUCUCCAAGCCAGGAAAGCUAGAAGGUCAAACUACCAGAGAAUGCUCAACACAUCUUCAUCAACUCCAUGUGUGCUUGCCUUCAACAAGACAGAAGACAAGACUCCUGUACAGAAUGUCACUGGAUUUUGCUCCUGUGUUGAAGAAUAUUCCCUUCAUGCACUAUCUCUGGAGACAUUUUGCAGAACAGGUGUUGAAUGAGGACUUGAGGCUCGUUAUUGGUCAGCAAGAAAGAAUGCUGAACGGAGCAAAUAUUUGGAACAUGCCAGUUUCUUAUGAUAAGCUUGGCGUAAGAUAUAGGCUAUGGAGAAAUGCAGUAGAGGAAGGAGCAAAACAAUUACCCUUCAGCAAAUCAAAUUGAACGGUAUUCAAACUUAGUUAACUUCAAACACUUCUUAGGACCCCAUAAACACAAAUCCCCAUCUUUUUCAAAGCUUAAAAUUGCUGGCUGAGACAAUACCAACCUACCCUCCAUCCCUCCCUUCCUUCAGCUUCCACUUCUGAGAAGAUCGCUCUCAAUUGGACUUUGCAGAAGCUGUAAGAAGAAAAUCAUAUGAAAGCAGAGAAGAAUCCCCACGUAAUUUAGAGAUUGCUAUAUCAAUUUGAUUGGCUUAGCUUUUAAGUGCUUCUGCUUUGCUUUCGGUAUGCUUCUCCCGAGCCCCCCACCCCCAAGGGUCAUUGUUUUAGGCUUGUAAAAGUAUACGAGUAUGCUUUGUUGUGUGCAUCUUCAACACGAAGAAAUUGAACGGUUGAUAAUAAAGUUUUUUCGUUCUCAA